CGGAUUUCUACGCCUUCCUUUCCGUAGUUCCGUCAUAAUCGAUUCUUCUCCCAACUAACCAGGUUUUGAUUGACUGGUCUCCGGCUUCCAUUUCCCCCACCAUUUUCCUUUUCCUUUUCCGGCCACCGUCGAUCAAAACCUGCCCAUUUCCGCCCGUUCUCGUACGUCUACCUUCCUCAAUCUUACGCUCAACCAGGUUUCACUCCCUUUCUCUUUAAUCCCCCUUUUAUUUGGAAAUCACGCUUUGAUUUAAGCUGUGAUUGUGAAUUUUGUUUGAAUCGCAGGCGUAGGACUAUUCAUUAUUUAGGUUGAAGUUUUUUCUUUUUCUUUUUCCUCUCGAGAUCGGGUAGUUAAGGGUUUCAGUUUAUAGCUAAUCGGAAGACGAAAGAAAAAUGGGUACCUCUGUUAAGGGCCUCAUGAAAGGAAUUAAAUACAUUUCACAGAUUUUCGAUGAAAAAGAACAGGAAAUGCAGAUUGGGCUUCCCACUGACGUUAAGCAUGUCGCUCACAUUGGAUGGGAUGGUCCAUCUGCUAAUCAGAAUAAUACACCUACCUGGAUGAACGAGUUCAAAUCUUCGCCACAAUCCCAAAACUCAGGCGAUUUGACUAAUUCUACUGGGGAACUUGCUCUUUCUUCUGUCCGAGAAUCUGGAGAGCUAGAUGUGAAAAAGGAAGGUCGAGCUCCAAGGUCAAAACGCCAAACUUCAACAGACUCUUCCUCAUCCUUAGACUCUUCUUCUGCUCGGCGGAACUCGGAGAAGAGCUCCAGGCGUCAGCGAUCAUCAUGCCCCUCAGGUGACUCGGGACCCCAGGAAGGUAGUUCGCGACAUUCACGACGUCGUCGUGGUUCAGCUCCUGGAAAUGAAACAAGCACAGAAAAUCCUGUACCAAAACAUUCUCAUCGGAGGAAAUCUAAGGGGUCAUCGGACGGUGGUGAAUCAUCAAAAUCAAGAAACAACGACUCUUUAACAGACAUAACUCUACCAGUUGUUGACGAAGAGAAGGGAUGAGCAGAAUUCCAGACAAGGAACUACUAAACGGCAUUUCAAAUGGUUCCUUGCCCCAAUAAGGACCAAAUUUUGUUACCUUGGAGAUGAUAUGAUUUUUAGCUUCAGUAAUCGGUUAUUGUUUUACUACCAAGCAGAAGGGUGUUGUUCUGUAACAUGAGCGAACAGCCAUUUCUUGAAAAUAAUGUCCCACAUGUAAUCUGAAAUUUGGAUUUCUACAUUGUUCAGCACCCCUUUUCAAUCCAGUGGGGUUUAGUAUGAUCAUCAUAAGCCACUGUUACUGACAAAGCUUUGUAGUCACAAUAACAGCACUUAGAUAGAGCUUAUUGUUCCUUUCUCAAAUUUGUUGCACUUUUAUGCACCAUAUGAAACAUUUCAUCUCUCAAGUAAUACAACUCUCUUUCCGUCUAAUAUACUCUCUCUCUCUCCCUCAAUUCUCCCUUAAACCAGAGACUUCUUGCUUUUCUCUUCCUAUCUAUGGCUACAGCAGUUGAUCUCCGAGUAUAAGCUGGUAUCCCAGAGUCGAUAACGAAACUAACGAAACUAAUUGAAUUGUUACAAAUGGUAUCAGAGCCCGACACCGAGCGGAGUGCCAGCGAAUAUGCUAGGCUCCAAAGGUGGGGAAUAAAGUACUCUCUACGGUUGUGGAAAUAUCCCUCUAGUGGACGGAGUGAAAGCUUUUAAUGUGCGGUGGGUUUGGGCUUUUAUCGAUAACAAACAGAGUGUGAGUUCUCCUUUUAUCUCCUCUGGUGAUCCGGGUAUCAUCUUCAACGUAAGUGACUUCAAAGACACCACUUCCGGUGUUAGAUGGAGGCCUCAACACAUCUGGAAUCCGAGGUACCUCUAAUGGUGGAAGCUGUGAUAGAUCAAUUAUUCUGGUUUUUUGUAAACCCAAAAUGGAAACAACACUAACCCAUGAUUUCAAACUUGUGAGCCAAUGUAUUCAUCAACAGACGGAGAGGCCGACGAGGGGUCGGAGUAAACAUUGUCUGAAGCAGAUUUCCAAGAGAAAUUUCUUCUGGGUACACCGUCGCCGGAAAGCAAAGGCCGCCGGCGCAACACUUGAUCUUGAAACUAGGUGCAAUCCGAUGUAUUCUGGAUGGAGAAAGACACCCAGAAAAGGAAUCGGAAGGACGGAUCUGAAGUGGAAACUGAAGAACAGAGCUUGCUAGAGCAGCCAUGGGCAACUAAUUGAAUGGCGAGCGAAAUUUAUGAUCCAUCAAUUGAAUGGUUUGCAGUGGAAUGUUCAGGAAAUCGGAGGAGGAGAUGGAGGUGAGGAGUGGAAGUAUGAAAUGGUGGGACAGAUAGAAUUGAAAUCCAACAAUAUGAUUGGCCAGGUGAAACUGACUAAUUGAGAUCUCAACGUACAAUAUCUUUUUUCAUAUGGAUAAUUAUUAACCAUUGAUUUAGGGAAUAAAAAUAUAUUUAUUCAAGAAAAUUAAAUUCAAAAA